AACUUUAAACGAAACUGCGUUCCUUCGUUCAGUUAUUAUCUGUUCAUGUGAAUUUUAAUUUUUUUUUAAACAGUUUUUUAUCCUUUAAGUAGUUUAGCAGUGCGUGUAGAAGAUUGAAAGGGCCCUGUUAUAGUGGUUAAGCGUUACCUUUAUUUUUCGCGUUUUUCCGCAUUUUUUUCGGCGUUUUUUUUUCCGCUUCUUUCCGCGUUUGUUCCCCCUUUUUUGCCUUUUUUUCUCUACCCCUUCCCGCGCAACUAGUACAAGAUGUUUUACCCAGGAAUGUUUCGAGAGAAGCCGAAGGACAUCAUUUCGGACAAGUGGAAAAUCAUUUUGAGGGUUUCGGGCUUCCUCGUGUCGUGUUAUUUGAUCUGCUUCCAUGGGGACUUAUUUGACAUACCAGAAAAUAACAAGCUGUCGUAGGGAGUUUCGUUCGCCCAAAGGGGGAGGCGACCGCGCAGGGAAGGCCACGUAUGCAAGUAUAUAAAUAGGAAACGAGCGGGAGAUGGCUAAAGAUACCAACAUGGGAGAAGUCUAGGGGAAGAGGAAUCCCGUUGGAAAGAAGACCCAACCGUGUGCCAAGUCAGUGGGCACGCAUGCUAGACUACAUUAGCGCAUGCGAGUAUGCGUGCCCCUGUGCAUGAGAUAAACCACAAACGGGGGACGCGCGUGCGUCGCGCUGAACAGCAGCACGGGUCAUCGUAAGUGUACACAUCCCUGCAGCAAAUAUUGCCUUUUUACGCGUCUCCGUUUUGCCGCUCCACCCUUUUUAAGCGUUGACACUUCUUUUUUUGAAGAGCAAAGCGGGGCGUCGCACCCCUUUCUUUUCCAAAACAGUGUUGUAUUCCUUUGUACAAUUAAGCAACAUAACACUUCAGAUUGAAGUAAAAUUUUCAUUUUUUUUAAAAAAAAUUAUGUACAUG